AUGAAGUUGAUUCUAUCCAGCUCGAAUAUUAUGCAAGGCGGGCGCCAGUCCGUCAUCCGCCAUCCGCUUACACAAAAAUCCAACGUUGAACUGAUCAACUCGCUCCGCUCGAAUUUCCUUGCCUCGCAACAGGCCGAAUCUCCCAACGGUGUGCAUGCAAACGGUCACUCAAAUGGACACUCUGAUGUCCACCCGUCAUGGACCCAACAGAGCGAAGAUGCACUCUAUAUCCCCGCAAUUGACUUCUCGCAGCCCGGACUGGCUGAAGAGCGCGACCAAUACGAUAUCACAGUGAAGCUAUUCUAUCUACCCGGGAUCCCGGCUUCAAGGCGCUGCGCACACACUAGGGAAGCAAUUGAUUUGGUAUUGAAGGAACUACAUGUGAAGUCUAUCGAUCUAUUGAUCGUGUCGUUCCCGGGAAUCCUGUUUGACGCGGACGACGACAGCGAAGAUGAAGACAAUGCAAGCAGCGGGCAACCAGACGAUUUCGACAGCAUGGUGCAGACGUGGCGGGUGCUGGAGUCGCUUCACGAGCAGGGCAUGAUCGCGCAACUUGGCGUUGCUGAGUUCGGCUGUGACCGACUCGCCCGUUUCCUGCCCCAUACUCAGGUUAAGCCGUCGGUCGACCAGAUCAAUCUUAAGGACUGCUGUGUUGUGCCUAAGUCUUUGAUUCUCUAUGCGAAGGAAGAGCAGAUCCAACUCCUCACUCAUAACGAUUGCCAUGAUAUUCUUCCUGUCGGUACAACGCGGGAACUGCUCGGUCCUGCAGAGAAAAGUGCGGGCAUUUUGGCUUCCUCGCCCGAUGCCAACGACGGUAUCCAGGGUGAUGUCGAGCCGCAGUGGGUCGUCAAAUACACGGCAGUAGUGAAGGAUCGUGGGGUGGUCGAGAACAAGGGUUAUUUCGCAAUGGCUGACGUGGGUCAAUGUGUCAAAAACCGGUCAUGA